AUGUAUUCUCCCAGUGGAAAUUUACGUACUUUUUUACAAGAAAAUCAUUCAAGGAUUAGUUGGAAUGAAAAAUUGAAAUUAUGUUCAGAUCUAGCCAACGGAAUAAAAUAUAUUCAUAGUUUUGGUAUAAUGCAUUUCGCUUUGCAUCCCAAUAAUAUUAUUUAUCACAAUUCAAGACUUUUAAUUUCAGAUUUAGGAAUUUCCAAAGUUCACAUAACCCCAUCUCUUCAAUAUCUUGAUACACUUAAAACAUCUUUAAUAUUACCUUAUCAUGAUCCAAAAUAUUUAAUUGAUCCAAUGAAUUUUCAACGUGAUAAGUCUUCGGAUAUUUAUACGUUAGGUUAUCGACCACAACCAACUGUUGAUACACCAUACGAUUAUGUAAUGUUGUAUAAAGAUUGUUGGAAAAUGGAACCUACGUCAAGAUCAAAUAUUGAAGAAAAAAGUGAUUUGAAGAUAAUGGGAGAAUACAAUGAUAAUAUUAAUAAUAAUAAAGAAAAGAUGAUGGAAAAAGAGAAAGAUAUAAUAAAUGAAGAUGGAGGAACAAAAAGUUCAAAAAGUAUUUAUUUCUCUCUGGAUACAACAACAACAACAUAUCCUACUAUGUCUUUAAAUAAUAAUAUUUUAAUCGAUGAAGAGGUAUGA